UUGAAAGUGACAUACAGAAAAGGGAAAAUGGAAGGUCCUUGCUUCCUGCCCUUCCUUCUUCUCUCUGGCUCGGGCUUCCAAAGUCCCUCCAAACUGUGCAAAACCGAUAAAUAUCCCCCGCCUGUUUGCCAUUGCAGUCUCUCUCUCUCUCAUUGAAACUGGGCCGCACGAUUUGCGGGUCUCUCAUCACAGCCAUUGGAGCCGGCAACUUCUGCGACGAUGACCUCUAUCACCUCCGUCGAGUUGAAUUUCCUCGUCUUCCGUUACCUUCAGGAAUCAGGUUUCACGCACUCAGCUUUUGCUUUAGGAUAUGAGGCCGGUAUUAACAAAUGCACUAUAGAUGGAAAUUUGGUUCCACCUGGUGCACUUGUUACAUUUAUACAAAAAGGACUUCAGUACUUGGAGAUGGAAGCUAACUUGAGUAAUAGUGAUGCAGACUUGGAUGAAGAUUUCUCAUUUUUACAACCUUUAGAUCUUAUUACAAAGGAUGUAAAUCAAUUGGGGCAAAUGAUUAAAGAGAAAAGGAAGAAUGCACAGAAGGACAAAUACAAAGAUAAAGAGCAUGAGUCUUAUGAGAAGAAAGAUAAAGACAAGGAGCAUGAAAAGGAACAUGAAGGAGAACGUGCACAAGUAAGAGAGAAAGAAAGAAAAGAAAGGGAGAAGGAUUUUGAAAAGGAUAGAGAGAGGAUAGAAAAGAACAAGGAGCGAGAAAAGCAGCUGGAGGACCACAAUGACAGAGAUGUGGUUAGAGAUCAGGAAGAUAAAGUUAAUGUGAAACAUGAAGAAAAUGGAGCUUCUGGAGAACCAAUGGAUAUUCCUCUUACAGAUGUUGAAAUCCCUAGUUCUGAUGUGACAAUUUUGGAGGGGCAUACUAAUGAGGUAUGUGCUUGUGCAUGGAGUCCAGCAGGUUCUCUUCUUGCAUCGGGGUCUGGAGAUUCAACUGCUCGUAUUUGGACCAUUGCUGAUGGAAGCUCCAGAUUUAGUUCACAAAAUGGCUCCUCAAAUGUGUUGGUGCUGAAGCAUGUUAAGGGUAGAACAAAUGAAAAGAGCAAAGAUGUGACAACACUUGAUUGGAAUGGAGAGGGAACAAUGCUUGCAACCGGAUCGUAUGAUGGGCAAGCAAGAAUUUGGGGUACAAAUGGUGAAUUAAUUAGUACUUUGAGCAAACAUAAAGGGCCUAUAUUCUCACUAAAGUGGAACAAAAAGGGAGAUUAUCUUCUUACAGGAAGCUGUGAUAAAACUGCAAUUGUGUGGGAUGUAAAGGCAGAGCAAUCAAAACAGCAGUUCGAAUUUCAUUCAGGUCCAACACUCGAUGUCGAUUGGCGCAACAAUGUAUCCUUUGCAAUGAGCUCAACAGACAAUAUGAUAUAUGUAUGCAAGAUUGGGGAAAACCACCCUAUUAAAACUUUUGCAGGACAUCAGGGAGAAGUUAAUUGUGUUAAGUGGGAUCCAACCGGUUCAUUGUUGGCUUCAUGUUCUGACGAUAUCAGUGCAAAGAUAUGGAGCAUGAAGCAGGAAAAGUAUGUUCAUGAUUUGAGAGAGCAUUCUAAGGAGAUAUACACUAUCAGGUGGAGUCCGACUGGGCCAGGAACAAACAACCCUAGCCAACAGUUAGUUCUGGCAAGUGCUUCAUUCGACUCCACUGUGAAGCUAUGGGAUGUGGAACAAGGAAAACUUAUCUGCAGCUUGGAUGGACACAGGGAACCUGUUUAUUCUGUUGCUUUUAGCCCAAACGGUGAGUAUUUGGCCAGUGGAUCUCUUGAUAAAUCGAUGCACAUAUGGUCACUGAAGGAAGGCAAGAUUGUGAAAACGUACACUGGAAGUGGCGGUAUAUUUGAAGUCUGCUGGAACAAGGAAGGCGACAAACUUGCUGCAUGUUUUGCCAACAACACAGUCUGCGUUUUGGAUUUUAGAAUCUAGAACUGGCAAUACCAAAAUUGUCGUGUAUCGGAAGUUAGUUGGUCGUCAAAUCCAAGUCGUAGAUUAGUUCUUUGCAUUUGAUUAGGUUGGGUGGCUGAGUGUAUUUUAGGUGGGUAGGCAUUGCAUUUUAACCGUAGAUCAAGGCUAAACUCACUAAUGUUCAUUUUGUUUGUGAGCCCGUUUCUUGAUUAAGUUGUCGAUCUAGCUGCUUUUCUAGGAGAGAUGUACAGGAUUGUUAUCAACUUUUUUAGUUAGGGCUUUUUAAUGUAGUUUGCUUCUCUCUCAAUCUAUGGCAUGCUACUGAACAUUCUCAAGAAAGCUGUUACUCCAACUAUUUUUCUGGUU